GGAUCGCCCAUAAUUAAAAAAUUACUUUCGAUAUCGUUCGAUUGAUAUCUUUUUUAUUUUUCAUAUUCAAUGGCAUAUAUUUCGUGAUAUUAUGAUAUCAAUGAGAUAAGAAGGAGCAUUCUAAAGAAAAAAAAAGAAAAAGAAAAGAAAAAAACGUUGUAGGUAAAAGGAUUUGAAAUUGCGUCGAUAUAAUAGAAUACUGUUGAAAAGGUACAACGGGAACGUGUGUAAAUAAUGUGAAAGCAUAAUAUUCUAUAUACAUCGUACAUUUUACUACGUGUACCACGUUGUGUGGGGGAUGACUUGCGGAUGGAUCAAGGCUAUUCGUCAUGAUAUAUAUCAACCUGAUUUUCUUCUCGUUGGGUGUUCGUUAGAUCAUUUGAUCAUCUCGAACAUUUAAUUUAUGGUUAUGAUGGAGAUAUCGAUAUACAUUUAUAUAUUUUCACAAUUUUAGCUUAUUUGUAUUGUAGAAAUCAUUAAGGAUGGCACUCGUUUAUAUAGAAGACAAUGAUCCCUGGCUUACUGAAUAUGAAGCUUGCGAGAAGUUGUUCCGUGAAAUUAUGGAACAACUCACUAUGCGUGAACGAGAAUCAGAAACAUCUCAAGCUUAUGCAAGUUUAUCUACAAAUAUACGUUUACGUAUGAAACAGUAUAAUAGAGAAAUUUAUCAACUUAAAAUUAAAGUUGAAGAAGCCUUCAAAUCCAAAACUAUAACUGUAGAAGAAGCAGAACGUAGAACAAGACAGAUUGAACUAUUACAAAGUAAAGAUAUUCAAUUACAAAAGCUCUAUGAAUCCAGAACAAAAUCUCUGUUAUCAAACCGAAACAGUUUAUUAAGAUCUGGAACAUCUGCAUUUGCUGAUAUGGGAACAACAUCAUGGGCCAUAGAUGAUGAUGAUGAUAAACCCAUAGAUGUACAAAGUUUUAAAAAUUACCAAGAACAAGUCUUGCAAGAACAAGACAAAGGAUUAGAAGAAUUAUGCAAAGUACUAGCACGUCAAAAAGAAAUAGGACAAACUAUUAGCAAUACAGUAGAACAACAUAAUGAAAUAAUCGACGACUUGGCCGAUCAUAUGGAUAUGACUGAUCAAUCUUUAAUUAAUAGAACACGUCAAGUAGAAAACAUUAAUUACAAAGAUAGUACUUGUGGUUAUUGGAUAAUUAUAAUCUUACUUUUCAUUAGUAUUAUAAUAGUUGCUUUAUUGGAAGUUUAAUGAAAAUUCUGUUUUUUAAAGGAGAGCUAAUGUAAAUACAUA